AUGACAGCCACGGCAUCUGCAGUAACCGCCUCUGUUGAUGAAGAUUUGGACGAAUGUGGACCUCAACUUAUCACGAAGUUAGAGGGCAAUGGUAUAACAUCAGGAGACAUCAAAAAGUUAGAAGAAGCAGGAUAUCACACUGUGGAAUCAGUUGCAUAUGCUCCUAAGAAAUGGUUGAUCACUAUUAAAGGUAUAUCUGAAGCUAAAGCUGACAAAAUACUAGCGGAGGCAUCAAAGUUGGUGCCUAUGGGUUUUACCACUGCUACAGAGUUUCAUCAAAAGAGAUCAGAAAUAAUUCAAUUGACUACAGGUUCGAAAGAACUGGACAGAUUACUGGGUGGAGGCAUAGAAACUGGAUCCAUUACGGAAAUAUUUGGGGAGUUUAGAACUGGGAAAACUCAAAUAUGUCACACUUUGGCAGUUACAUGCCAGCUUCCAAUAGAACAAUCAGGAGGUGAAGGAAAAUGCAUGUACAUAGACACAGAAGGUACAUUUCGUCCGGAGCGGUUGCUGGCAGUCGCUCAGCGCUACGGCAUGGAUGGGGCUGCAGUACUGGACAAUGUGGCGUAUGCUCGCGCGUAUAAUACUGAUCACCAAACUCAGUUGUUGGUGCAAGCUUGUGCUAUGAUGGCAGAAUCUAGAUAUUCUCUAAUCAUAGUGGACAGUGCCACCGCUUUAUACAGAACUGACUACUCAGGUCGAGGUGAGCUUAACUCCAGACAACUACAUCUUGGGCGGUUUAUGAGGAUGCUGCUUAGAUUAGCUGACGAGUUCGGCGUAGCAGUAGUCAUAACGAACCAAGUAGUAGCUCAAGUUGACUCAGUGGGCGUGUUCAACGCUGAUACGAAGAAGCCUAUUGGCGGACACAUAAUUGCGCACGCGUCGACGACCCGCCUGUAUCUUCGAAAGGGGAGGGGCGACAAUAGAGUUUGCAAAAUCUACGAUAGCCCCUGUCUGCCUGAAACUGAAGCCAUGUUUGCUAUAAGCACGGAAGGGAUUACUGAUGCUAAGGAAUAA